UUUUUAUUAUUAUUGGUAUUUAGUUUGCUAGGAGACGUGAAAACUAUUUGAACCGCAAGAUAUCAAAAAUUAUAUUAAAAAUUUAAAAAUUAAGAACUUUAUGUUUGUGCAAGAAUUUUUUAAUUUUUAUAAAGAUAUAAAAAAAAAGAAUAAAUUCAAAAAUGUUUCCAAAAAUUUUAUUGAUUACUCUUGCUAUGUGCUGUACAAGCAAUAAAGCUCAAGAUGAAUUAAGAGAUGAUCAAAAUAUUACGGCAUUGAUAUAUAGUUAUGAUUAUUAUGAAGAUGAUAAUAGCAUUCCAAAACGUGGAGAUUUAGGAGAAAUAACAAAAAAUAUAUCAAAUACUAAAAGGCGUAAAAGAAGUUUGAAUAAUAUUCGUGGAGAUCAAGGACCACCACCUGAUGAUUUUGAUUAUUAUACAAAUUUUAUUGAUGAAGAACCAGUCAGAGGAGAUCUAGGAAAAUUCCUAUUUAAUUCACUGGGAAAUAAUGGCGGUUCAACAACUGAUAUUACACAAUUUCCGUAUCAAGUUUCUUUAGUUAAAUAUAACAAUAAUACAGAUCAAUGGGAGCAUAAUUGUGGUGGUAGCAUUCUAAGUCAGAAUAUUAUAAUUACUGCUGCUCAUUGUACGUAUAUUAUUACAAAAAGUACAAUAAAGCUACAUAAAGUUAGAAUUGGUAGCAGUUCAUCAAUAUCUGGGGGAGAAUUAUUUAACAUUGAUAAGAUUAUUAACCAUGAAUACUAUAAUAAUUUAAAUAUUGAUAAUGAUGUAGCAAUUUUAAUUUUAAAGAAAAUUAUAAAAUUUUCAAGAAAAGUUAAUAGGAUUUCAAUUGCGUCAAGUAAUCGACCAGCUGGUACAAGAAGUUUAGUUAGUGGCUGGGGAUAUUUAGAUGAAAAUACUCUUAUACCAUCACCAAAUUUAAAUUAUAUUAAUGUUUCAAUAAUAGAACGUGAAAAAUGUAAUAAAGCUUAUGAAGAUUUUGAACCUCUAACAGAUAGUAUGAUUUGCACAGGACACAUAGAAGGAAGGAAAAAUGCCUGUUCUGUUGAUUCUGGUGGUCCACUUGUUGAAGGUGGAGAAUUAAUUGGGAUCGUUUCAUGGGGUAUAGGAUGUGGUUAUAAGAAUAGACCUGUGGUAUAUACAAAUGUAUUUUAUAUGGGUGAAUGGAUUAUCGACAAAAUGAAUUUAUAUUCAUGCCAAAGUAGCACUGGCAAUCGCAUUGUUGGUGGCGCUACAGCUGAUAUAACUCAAUUUCCAUAUCAAAUUUCAUUAACAAAAAUGAAUUUUUAUACAGAGGAAAGAGAACACAUUUGUGGUGGUAGUAUUCUUUCAAAGAAUAUUAUAGUUACAGCUGCUCAUUGUACACAAGGACCACCAGCUUUAUUAAAAUCUUUUCAAGUUCGUGUUGGUAGCUCGUCUUCACUUAAAGGUGGGAAUUUGAUACAGGUUGCUGAUAUAAUAGAUCAUGAAGAUUACAAUGGUUACACAAUUGAUAAUGAUAUUUCAAUAUUAGUAUUGGCUGAAAAUUUAGUAUUUUCACCAAGUGUUCAACCAAUAUCUAUAGCAUCAAAAGAAAGGUUACCAGGUGCUUUAUGCGUUGUUAGCGGUUGGGGUUACUUAUUUGCCAAUUCUAAUGUACCCUCGCCCGUUUUAAAUUACGUUCAGGUACCACUUAUUGGAAAAUCUGUAUGUCAAUCAAAAUAUUUUGAAGGUGAAGAACUUACAAAGAGUAUGAUGUGCGCUGGAUAUCCACAAGGAGGUAAAGAUUCAUGUACAACAGAUUCAGGUGGACCACUUGCUGAAGGUGAAGAAUUAGUUGGGAUUGUUUCUUGGGGUAUCGGGUGUGGAGCAGAAAAUAGCCCAGGUGUAUAUACAGACGUUUUUUAUAUGGCUGAUUGGAUUAAGGAUAAAAUGCAAAAGUAUUCCGUUUAAAUAUCUGAU